UUCAACGAUUCAUCAAACGAUCAGUUUACAAAUACAAAGUUUGUUAUGGUUAACUCCGAUACCAUGGAGGUUGGCGUUGGUGAACUACCAGCCACUCCACGGCCGUUUCUCGUUGAGGAAAUAUUUACACCGUCGCCUACACCAUCGCCACAUUUAUUAGAGUUGCCGCCAUCUCCUAAGACUUCACGACCAUUACAAUCAGCUUUGCCGCAACCUCUUUUACCAGUGAGAUCGCCGCAACUGACUACCGACCCGUAUGAGUUUGUCAUGAGCGACCCGGAGUUUGAGUCACCGUCUGGUCAAGUUUCACCGGAUCUGUUGGGCAUGUCAACCGAGCCCAUGGAUGUCGGUGUGGAUUCAGAUGAGGAAAGAAUAAGACCACGGAGACUAAAUGUUGCGGAACGCAACGCACUGAAUGUCGAUACUCAGAUGGUUAAAUAUUGUCCGCUGUGCGACUUCAUGACUGCUGGCCAUAAGCUUGGGAGGCACCUUCAAAACCGCCACAGGUCACAGAUAAAAAAGCCCCGAGACCUCAACAUCAGGAAGAUAUGCCAGCACAUUGCCUCGGAAUCCCGCAAGUCCUAUUCCGUUGUCCCAUUGCGGGUGAUUGAAAAGAAGUUGGGCCCAUAUUGGGAUGACAGGUGUUUCAGAAGCAUCGCCCACGAACUUACAACCAUGGGAAGGAUAAAGACUUAUGGCGGAAGUUGGAAUCUUCCUGGUGUAUCAGAUACGUCAAACCCAUUCGAGUGUUUUUUCACCGAUAGCGAUUUCGGUCCAGAUACACUGGUGAAGAAUGUAUCUGCGACACCGGCGGUGCCAGUUCUUCCUAUACCGGAAACAUCCGGCGAAACCAUUCCAAUACCUGGACCUUCCGGCACAUCAGGCAGACCAGCCAACCCGGAAAACAUAACGAUGACAAAAGCCAAUGCACCAUCUUCGGAAUCAAAAUUGCGCAAGGCUUCGGAAGCUUUAGGUCUUAACCAUCAGCUUCCGUCCAAUCAUCCAUUGAUUGUAAUGUUUAGAAAGGCGUUGGAAAUUAGCCACGGGAAUAAUUCACAAGCAGCAAACAAUUAUGUAUCCAAUGUUUCGCGGGUGUUGUGCUACGUGCACCAACAACUGGUUGCAAAUAAUUUACCACCGAAACAUUGGGCGGAUCUGGUGACGGCCGAUGUGGAAUUUUACGUCGACUUCUUUCGACGCCGAGAGGAGAUCGGGCAGACCAAGGCUACGACGAUAAAUUACAUGAAAAACUUACGGCUACUAUUAUCAAACAUCAUAAAAUCCUUUAUAUACGAGGACCAGUCGUUCCCGAAAGGGUUCGAUCUGCUUCCGUGUGUACAGACCGUCACCAACAUCAAACUUUUAGAGCACAAGCUGGGACUUUUAUAUAGAAGGACGACAAAGCAGCAGCCAACGGAAUUGUUUGCGAGGAAAACAACAGGAGGCGAGAAUUUGCCAGAUUACUCAAAGGUAGUCGAGUCGAUAGUUAAUAUUAAUGCAAAAUGGAUAUGGGGCGAUACACAACAACAGACUUUUGAACGAAUAAAACAGAAAUUCAUUGAAGACAUAAUAAUUCAAUUCCCCGACUUCGACAGAGAGUUUUACCUCAACACGGAUGCAUCAACAACACAUCUGGGCGCUGAACUAUACCAAAUCAAUGAGGAGGGACAGCACCAAACACUUGGGCUUCGCAAGUAG